AUGGGUCGACGAUACGGCGGGACACUCUCCGAUGAUUCGUAUGGAUCAUAUCUGACAACUGGUUUUCACGGGGAAAGACGAUCGUUUGACAGCACUUCGAGCGAUGACUCUGAGAAAUCCGGUGUCAAGCAGUGGGCUCGAUAUGGCAUUUUCUUCAGUAAUGUUGUUUUUAUGGUGGUUGGCACGGUGAUCAUGGUGAUGGGAGCGUGGCUUCGAAUCGACAGCCGUUUCCGCGACUUUUUAAGUGAACGAUAUCGUCGCGUUGUUCAAGAGGCUUUUUGGGAGGCUCCAACCCUCUACAUGUUCUCCUAUAUUUUGAUCAUUUUAGGAGCUUUCAUGUUUGUCGUUGCGAUUAUGGGCUGUUGUGGAGCGAAUGUUGACGCAAAACCGUUUCUCGUCGUCUACACGGUCUUUGUUUUUCUCCUCUUAAUCGCCACUCUCUCCUCUGGAAUCUAUAUUUUGUAUAAGAGAGAUGGGAUCGAUGUCGAGGUAGAAGACGCGCUGAACUACAUGGUCCAACACUACUAUCAAGGAGCGGGAAUCGUGCAAGAAAGCCUCGAUCAUCUACAACAGACAUUCAGAUGUUGUGGCAACGCUGGAUGCUCAGAUUUCCGCGCUUUCCGUCAGGAUCCACCGCGAACCUGCGACAUUCGUUGUGAUGGAUGUCAUAUCCGAAUCUGGAACGCAUUGAUCAUCGGCUUUGGUGCAGCGUGCGUUGUUUUCUUCUUUGUGCUCAUUUGUGAAGCUCUAUCCAUUGUACUCGCUAUGUAUUUGAUACUUCGCCCGGAAACCCGGAUCCAAGUCACGUAUUAUAAAACGAGACGAUACGAAGCACCACCAUCGUUGACAAGAGAGAAUCUCAAGAAGCACGAUCUACCGCAUGCGCUGCGACGAUUGCAA